AGUGUUGUUGUUGCCUCGGAUGUGAGAUGCCUGUUGAAGCAGGACCCACUGGUGAAAGCUCAUUCCUCAUGUAGCCUUUCCUCCCUGACUUCCGCGAGUUUUAAUGCAAGGUGUCUGAGGGGGACAAAGUCGACUGUGAAAGAAAGUAAACAGUAAAUGGAAGUUAAGGGACAUUCGCCAUCUGUGCUGGUGGGCAUUGGCUGAAAUCCGCUUUGGGGACUGAAGACGGAAAAGUUCAGAUCAGUCCCCCCCCUCACUCUCUGUUUCGUUUCUGGUGAUCAGUUUGGAGUUGUUUCUUCGGCAAAUGUGAGGUCGAUGUGUGACCGCGAGUGGAAGUCUGGAACAACCACGAGGAAGAGCUGAGCGUGGGCAGACAGAGAGAGUUUGCAGUUCAGGGGUGUUCCUGCUGGACCCGGGGGCAGUGUGCUGCGGAGGAGACACAUCCCCCCCUCUAUCGAGAUUCUCAUUCCCCAGGGGCUGGCUGGUGGAAGAAACAGCGCAGACAGAGAGAGAGAGAGAGAGGAGCUCUGCAUCCUGCAAUAUUCUCAUAAUCGGAGGAACAUGAGCCACCUUGUUUAUUGUGAAUGAAAGGCCUUCAAGCAGAUACAAUGGCAAACCUGCCAUCUAAUAACUGCUCCCUCAACAAAGAAUUGGAAUCUUGCUAUCUGCCCAUCAUGUACAUUAUUGUGUUUGUCACUGGAUUAAUCGGAAACAGUGUUGCUCUCUGGAUGUUCAUCUUUCACAUUAGGCCUUGGAGUAGCAUCACCGUUUACAUGUUUAAUCUCGUCCUGGCUGACCUCUUCUACGUCUUCUCUCUGCCGGUUUUAAUAUUUUACUAUUUCAAGGAAAGCGACUGGAUCUUCGGGGAGGCCCUGUGCAAACUGCAGAGGUUCAUUUUCCACGUUAACCUCUACGGGAGCAUCUUGUUUCUGACCUGCAUCAGUGUCCACAGGUACACGGGGGUGGUGCACCCCAUGAGAUCACUGGGCAGGUUGAAGAAAAAAUCGGCAACCAUUGUGUGCGUGUGCGUGUGGGUUGUGGUCAUGGCUGGCAUCUCCCCAAUACUGUACUUCUCCCGAAUACGACAGGACACCAAUAAAGCAAACUUUUCUCGACCAGAUGCAAAUAAAACAAUAAAAACCAUUUGCUAUGACACCACGUCUAAAGAGCUCUUGGACACUUAUUUCAUUUACAGCAUGCUGACUACAUUCUUUGGUUUCUGCGUCCCCUUUUCCACCAUCCUGGUCUGUUAUGGAUUUAUUGUGAAGGCCUUAAUAUCUAACGACAUGAGGACACCACUCCGGGGCAAGUCUGUGCGUCUCGUCAUCAUUGUGUUGGCCGUCUUUGCCACCUCCUACCUCCCCUUUCAUGUGAUGAAGAAUCUUAACCUACAGUCCAGACUGUAUUACCAAGGGCCAGAGACAUGCGAGUGGAACAAGAGGGUCUACGCCACUUAUCAAGUGACCCGCGGGCUUGCCAGCCUCAAUAGCUGUGUGGACCCUAUCUUGUACUUCCUGGCGGGAGACACUUUCAGGAGGAGAUUCACUACUACUGCUUCAAAGUUUAUCAAUCGGAAUGAGUCUAUAGUCUAGGAGAUUAAAGAAUUCACUUUGUGCCACAAUAGCCAAGUAAUAAAAUGAUGACGAUUCCUUCAAAACCAAAACAAGGUAACCUCGAUUAUCUGAACGACGUGGACGGGGAGUAUUUUGUUUGGAUAAUCGAAUGUUCAGGAAAUCAAAUGUUU